AUGAUAAAAGGAUAUAUAAUUCUCUUUAAAAACUGGCAACAAAAAUGGGAGCCUAGACCGGACGACCCAGUCUUCCAACAACCCAAGUGGUCGCUGUACCGUACAGGCGAGUUCGGGUACACUAGAUUAGUUGCUACAGGAGAGAAACUUACACUUUCAUUUGUAGGAAACCAUGACGGUGAGGUGCAUGAUAAGGUUGAGAUUUUGGCAUCCGGGCGAGUUCUUAAUGGCGGUGACGACGACGACAAUGGUAAUGUCGGUGUGGUCCUUAAGGUUGAAGCGAUACAUUACACGUUUUCACAUUAUGUCUGGGGUGGUAGUAUCUUGGUUCUUGGAGGUUUCGUUGGCUAUGUUAUCAGUUUUGUUUCACAUGGUCGGAGACAAGUUGUGCCGGGAAGGGGCCGGACUUCGGUGAAAACUCAGGAGACAUGAAGAGCUAAAAGAUGCAGUGUGCUUCGAAUUUUCAAACUUAU